AUGUUUGUUCCGCUCUUGGACUUUCUCCAACUCAAGCACUACGUGUACUUAUUAGUUGCCGUGUGCUUGGCCACAGCCUACUACAACAAGAGCAAGAAAACAGCCAAACCCACGAGAGUCUCCAGUGCCAACAAAGACCGGAAAUUCGGCACCUGGGUGCCGGAUGAUUUCGUCACGCCCGUGCCUCUGCCGUUCAAAAACUGGGACGUCAAUAAAACCCAACCUCUCCCGUACAGGGCGUUCAAACACAAGUACAACGUGACUAUGGGCAUUCGAAACAUGGAGUGGGACUCGUGGAUUGAAUUGGACAACGAGUGGAUGAAGUAUCACUCGGAGAAAAUCAAAAGACUCGACGAGAAGGGCACAGAGGUCUACGGAACCUUGCCCGGUGCCGAGGCCGCUGUCCUCGAGCUUUUGGACGAGUUCUGGGCGUAUUUGCCGGCAAGAUACCCCUCACUCUUCAGGCAGCUAGACAACGGGUUGGAAAACCUUCUCACGGGUGAGCGUUUUGUCUUCAAGAACUGCACGGAGUACAGCGAGGAUCCCAUGGUCAUGGCAGCAAAGAUGGUGCAAGACGAUUUGGCAAUCAUGAUAGAGGGCUCCGACGGAAACUACGUGUUGAAGGCAGGCGCCAUCAUCUUGCCUGGGUUCUGGAGGUUCAAGGAUAAAGUGGGCUUGCCACUCAACCAGAUCCACACCAACGGAGAUGUGCCCAAAUACCAGGAGAAGUUGCAGAGUGGAAUGACCAAGUUCUUCACGCGCUUGACCUGCGAGAAGCCCGUGGUGCGCAACAACUACUUCAUCCAGACUGACAAUGCAUUGGGCUGGUCGACGUCGAUCGGAGACGAGAACUCGGAUGUGGUGGGCUGGUACACGGCCAAGCCAGCAGAGACGCCGGACCAGAUCUGGUACCGAAGCGAGCGCCAGAGUUUGCGCCGGUUGCCCAAGACCGGGGCCGUAGUCUUCACCAUCAGAACGUAUUUCUGUCCCAUGACAGAAAUGUGUACCGAGCCGUACAUUCCACGGCGAUUGUUGAACGGUAUCGAAAGCUGGACUGACGACGUGCGCGAGUACAGGGGGUACGAGAAGUUCAAGGACGUGCUUUUGCCGUACUUGGAGGAGAAGGCGCAGGAGCAAGAGAAACGGGGCUAUGUGGUGGAGAACGAGCCUCUGGUGUAUCCGUUCUAG